AUGCACUAUGUGAGGCGAACAGGAUUUCGGUUUUUUAGUGCGCAUGCCAAAGAAAUGUUUUUGAAGAACGUCAAAAAUGCUCCGCCGACUCAAUUUGCGCGUCUUCGCAACACGUCCGAUUCGGAUUCUGUGAUGUCGGUUCUUGUCCCGUUGGUAGUUGUGAACGGACGUGAAUCAGUUCUAUUAACAAAACGCUCAAUUCACCUGCGAUCACAUCGAGGAGAAGUGUGUUUCCCGGGAGGACGACGUGAUCUCGGCGAAACGCCGGUGGAAACAGCACUUCGCGAAACACGCGAGGAAAUUGGAAUACCUGAAGAUGCAAUUGAUAUAUGGGGACCUAUGAAAGGAGUGUUUCGACGUCAAAUGGAUCAAUCUGUAACCCCUUAUGUCGGAUUUAUAAAAGAUAGUCAAACUCUUCUUAAUCUGAAUGUCAAUGAAGAUGAAGUUCAAGCCGUUUUCACAGUUCCGUUAGACGAAAUUCGAAAAAAUGCUGCAUUUACACUAUUCAAAACUCCGAAAAUGAAAUAUACUCUGCCAUUAUUUGACACUAAAGAAUUUACUGUUAUUUUCAACGCGAAAGACGAAUAUUUGCAUAAAAAUCAAAGAAUAUGGGGUCUUUCCGCCGUUAUACUACACCAAGCAAUGACAUUACUAGACCCUUCCUUGUAUGAUUACGACAUUAAAAUCAGAUUGUUUUAG